GUCGCCCUUUAUUCUUCAAAUGACUGUGACGUUGUGUGGUUAAAAUUAACAUCCACCUCCACCCUUUCUCUGCCAUAGGGUUUGACUCCCGUAUGUUUAUAUGUGCACCGCGCAAUCAGAUUGCAACCCGAACACGGGCAUUGUGUUCGUACUGGACACAUCGUCUGCGCUCGAUGCGAAAGUCAUCAAACUGCAAGAAGAGUUCGUAGAACUCAUUCUGAGAAAUCACCGCGCGCCCCGGGGAGCAGUUCGCGUCUCCGUCGCGCGCUGCGGGAACAACGUCACCAUGUUCACGCCCUUCGUCGACCCCUACUACAGCACGGACGCCGGGGAGGCGGGCUUCUCAAUUGAAAGAGAUCUCACAAACUCGUCUGUUCAGGACGCAGCCCUCCAUUGUCUUGAGAAUGUGCAGCAUCACGUAACGAGGAACGCUCGCGACGGCACCACAGAGAUGGUUGUGCUGCUAAAGGGUACCUGGGAUUGGUCGGUGGAGGGUUCAUAUAUGCACGCCACGGCGCUCAGGGACCGGCACGUGGUGCUAGUCGUCAUAGCGAUAGGCGUGUGGGAGUUCGACGGGCUGUCGGCGUUACGUCUCCUAGCUACGGGCGAUCCGACGUACUUCGUCCUUUCAAAAUUUGAGAAUCUUAGAUUGUUGGCUACGAUCUUAACAAAGGGAAGUUGUACGCCUAUCACACUGGACCUUACCCUGGAAGGCACACAGCACAUCGCAUCAACCACCACGCAAGCCGUCACCCAGGAAGUGUCGUGUAUACUGCUGUCCCCAACGGCCAUGAACCGUUACGUUGCGGGGUUUGGCUUCAUCCGGAUAGAGUGUGUCCGACCUGACCUGAUUGACCUUCUAACAUGCAACUGCACGGGUUAGAGCACGUAACGUUUUGGGACACAGAUGUAUUUAUACGGUGUUUGUUGAUUGUUUAAAUGUGGAACAACGUGUUUUACCUUAAUAUAAAAUUGAUAUGAUAAUACAUUUCUUGAAAGAACGGAUUAUCUUUUUUCUAUGUAGUUGGUUUUAGACAGUUAAUUAGUAGAAAAAAUGUAAUUAAAUUUUCAUUAAAUAUCUUAACAAAGUGUCUGUGGUUGAGUUUUGCUACAAUUCCGGAGUUCCGAAGCGUAGCAAUCCAAGAUUGCACUUGACUUUGAUAAACAACAACACUAACCUCUGGGUACAAACACGGCUGCUCCAUUGUAUGUAACAUUGAAAGUCGCAUGUUAAUAAUAACGGUUGUUACGGUAUGUGGUUGUGAGAAAAGUUUAAAUGAGUCAGGUUUAACUACAAGCAAUGCGCCUGAAUGACAGAAAUGUUCAGUGGCAAAUGAACAAAGAUAACGAGAAAAGGUUAUUGAAUCUGGAAUGAUCUGGGAAGUAUUUUGCAAUCGACUAUUACUAAAAGUAGUUUGUAUGCCCG